AUGAUUUUAUUUGGUUGUCUUACAUUAAAUAAUAUUCAUCAACGGCGUCGAGUAUUACCCAUUAUAGGUGAAAAUAAUCGAGCUACUCGACGUACAGAUAGUCAAUUAUUACGUAUGUUAACUGCUCAAGUUCUUUGCAUUGUAAUUUCAACGUUACUAUCUUCUGUUGAAAGACUCUAUUUAUCAAUCACAGAAAAUAUUGUUAAAGAUUCAAUUCGAGUUGCUCAAGAAAAUUUAGCUACUCAAACGGUAAAUGCAAUGACAUAUUUUGCUCAUUCAACUACUUUCUAUUUGUAUACACUAACUGGUGCCGUUUUUCGCAAGGAAGUUUUCAAAAUUUUCCAUCGCUGUUUUCGUCAAAAGCACAAGAAUCCAGUGAAUAUAUCAAAUGAUAGCAAUAAAAGAAUAAUCUUGGAAAAGCAACAACGUAAUAUUAAUGCGACUAGUGAUAUUAAUAAACCAUAA